AGCACUCUGACAUAAACAACUCUGUGAGACCAAAACUUCGUCGGAGCUUUGAUUUUAUAGACGAGGAUUUGAAAUGAAACGUGUCGUGGCCGUUGGUGUUGGAGUCCUUGGGGUCGGAGUGGUGGUGUCUCUACUGGUGCUGUUUAUUCCUCAAACAGUCCAGUUCAGGAAAACAUUCACGAGGAGGUGUGAGGAGUUCCCGCAGCACAACCACAGCUGUAAAGAUACACUGGAUACCUUUGAAGGAGCCUAUGUCGAUAAGGAGCCAUUUAGCUUUUCUGAGCAAAACUAUGAUCCGCUCUUUGAAAAGAUCUCCUUCACACAUGCAAGCAACAAAACGAUGCUCUGGAGCGACACCAAAGCGCUGGUCCAUGACUUCACAAAGAAGCGAGAUUGUUUUAUCACCCUGGAGGACACUCUGUUGGGAUUUGUAAUGGAUGGUCAGAAGUGGUGUGGACUGAAAGGCAACAAGGAAACAUUUUCUGUGUUCUGUGAACUCGUGAAGAACAACAAUCCUGUUAUUUCAUUCUGGAAAAAUGCCUCUGCUAGGUUUGCAGCAUAUGCCAGUGGUGAAGUAACAGCAAUGCUGAAUGGUGGCCUGAAAACACCAUACAAUCCUAACAGUAUUUUUGCAAGCAUUGAGGUAAAGAGACUCUUCUACCCAAAGGUGACACGCCUCACUAUUGUUCUGCUCACUGACAAGGAAAAUGUGAAAAAGUGCAAUGAAAAUGAAUCUCUACAGAAUCUAAAGAACGAGCUGGAUCAAAAAGGAAUUCUUUAUAGUUGCAAGGAGGUGACUCGAUCUCACAUCCGGAAGUGCAUUAAAGAAAACAAUGCCUGCGGAGCCUGCUGGUGAAGGUGUCUAAACGAAAAUUGAGUUUUAACUUCUUUUCAGUCCUUGUAAACUCAUUGGAGUGCUAUUAAAUAUUUGGCAGAUUAAAUUCCUUCCUACACAUUGACCUGUUUGAACUAUAACAUCUAAUGUCUUUUUAAUAUAAAUUGAUUUAUAAAGUACAUUUAACCUAUGUCUAUGUGACUUGACUUGUAUGAAAAAGUUUUGGUUUUUACUCUUUCUUUGUUCUUGUUUUUUGUUUCUUCUGCUAUCAGAUUAUGUUCAACUCAUGAUCUAACUUCUUAUUUUGUGGCAAAACCUGAAAUAUGUAAUAAAAUGUCAAAAUAUAA